AAAAUAUGGAAGGACUUGCAGAUCCAUUUGGAGAUAGAGUUGUAAAUGAAAUUCCUCCACCUCCUGUCUUGCCUCUCGAUGAAGGCAUUCUCUAUCCAUCUUCAGAUUCCAAAACUCCAGACUGGAUAGCGGUUAGAGAUCACUUAGCAGCCGAAGGAACAAUCUCCAAAGAACAUUUUGUCAAAAUGCUUCAUGAUGCGACUGAUAUAUUCAAGGAGGAGCCAAACCUUAUACAAUUUCCGGAGCCUCUAGUAAUGGUGGGUGAUAUUCAUGGACAGCUCUAUGACCUUAUCCACUUGAUUGAAAAAGCAGGCGAUCCCAGCAAAACAAAUUAUGUUUUCAUGGGAGAUUAUGUUGAUAGAGGAAUCUUUGGUGUCGAAGUAAUCAUUUUCAUGAUUUCCAUGAAACUAAAUUUUCCAGAUUCUUUUGCCAUGCUAAGGGGAAACCACGAGUGUAGAAAUAUGACAGAUCACUUCACCUUCAGACAAGAAGUCAUUGAGAAAUAUGAUGAAGAAGUGUACGAUCUUAUCAUGGAGAUGUUUGAUGCUCUCCCUAUUUGUGGGCUAGCCGAUAAGAAAUAUUUCAUUACUCAUGGUGGAAUUUCUCCUGAACUCAAGAAAAUCUCAAAAAUCAAUAAAAUUGACAGGUUCCUUGAAAUUCCAAUGGACGGAAUUAUGUGAGAUCUGAUGUGGGCAGAUCCCAUAGAUGAAAAAGAGGCAAAGAAAUACGAUUUUAUUGAGAAUAAGGAGAGAGAUUGUUCAUUCUAUUUUGGAAGAAAGCCAGCCAAAAAGUUAAUUGAUGAUAAUAACCUCAUGACAAUUGUCAGAGCUCAUCAAGUUCAGGUUGAUGGGUAUAAAAUGCAUCGAUGGGAUGGCCCUAGCAGUUUUCCUUAUGUUAUCACUAUUUUUUCCGCUCCAAACUAUUGAGACUACUACAGUAAUAAAGGAUCUGUGCUUAUAUUAGAAGACGGGAAUGUUUCCAUAAAGCAGUUUGAUGAUAGUGAGCAUCCAUACCAUCUUCCUGAUAGAAUUGAUAUUUUCACAUGGUCAAUGCCAUUUUUGAUCGAGAAGGUCGUUCAAAUGAUGAAAUCAGUGUACACAAAAUGGCAGGAAGAUGAACCAUCAGAUGGUGAAGACUUCAAAAGCGCGACUGACUUAAAAGAAAGAGCAGAGAAAAUUAAAGGAAAAGUCAAAGCUUUUGCAAGAGUUCAAAAAAUGUACAAAACACUUACAGAAGAGUCAGAGCUAAUCCUCAAACUUAAAGGAAUGGUUCCUGAUGGUAAAAUUCCAAGAGGUCUCCUUCUUGAAGGAAGACCUGCGAUCAAAGAUGCUAUUAUGGAGUUCAAGAGAGCUAAAGAACUGGACAAGCAAAAUGAGAUGAGACCAAAGAAGAAAUAGGGAAGCUAGAGUUAUUCGCUCUUAA